ACUCACAAAGGCAGGUGUAAACCACAGGUGCGUCAGUGCUCCGGGCGCUUCAGGCUGGCCUGGGCUCAGGUCCUGCCGCUCCAACCCCAAGGGCCCCCCAAAGGCGAGCCCUGACACCUCUAUCCUUCACCAUGGCCAGCCAGUUAUGCCUCCCCGUCGCCCCUCGUCUCACAAACUUGAAACGCUUGAUGCCGCAGGCGGGAGACGUCCAAGUGGGCAUCUGCGUGGCGAUCCAGCGCAGCGACGGGCGCAUCCACCUCGCUGUGGUCACAGAGAUCAAAAGAGAAAACGCUUGGGUCACGGUGGAGUGGGUCGAAAAGGGAGUCAAAAAGGGCAAGAAGGUUGACCUGGAGACCAUAUUCCUGCUGAAUCCCGCGCUGGCCUCCGCUCAGCACCCCACACCGUCCUCACUGCUGCCCUUGUCUCUAGCGCCCCCUUCGGCCAUCGGGGACCAGUGCACGGCCACGCGGUGGAUUUCGACCAUCCCCCAGAAAAACGAAACGCCCUCAGGGGACAGCCCGGCUCUGAGAGUCCCCAGCAAUCCCUGCCUGAUGAAGCCGAAAAAGUCUCCCUGCCUACAGGAAAUCGAGAAGCUACAAAAGCAGCGGGAGAAGCGCAGGCAGCUGCAGCUGCAGAUCCGAGCCCAACGCGCCCUCAAUGUCAACACAGGAAACCCCAACUACGAGAUCAUGCACAUGAUCGAAGAGUACCGCAGGCACCUGGACGGCAGCAAGGUGUCCAGCCUGGAGCCCCGGGAACACCAUCGGAUCUGCGUCUGCGUGCGGAAGCGUCCUCUCAACCAGCGAGAGACCACCAUGAAGGACCUGGACAUCAUCACCAUCCCCUCGGACAACGUGGUCAUGGUGCAUGAGUCCAAGCAAAAGGUGGACCUCACUCGCUACCUGGAGAACCAGACCUUCUGCUUCGACCAUGCCUUCGAUGACACCGCCUCCAACGAGUUAGUGUACCAGUUCACCGCCCAGCCGCUGGUGGAGUCCAUCUUCCGCAAGGGCAUGGCCACCUGCUUUGCCUAUGGGCAGACAGGCAGUGGGAAAACGCACACCAUGGGCGGGGCCUUUUCCGGAAGGGACCAGGAUUGCUCCAAAGGCAUUUAUGCCCUGGUGGCGCGGGAUGUCUUCCUCCUGCUCCAAACUGCAGCUUAUGAGAAGCUGGGCCUCAAAGUCUACGGGGCAUUUUUUGAGAUUUAUGGGGGCAAGGUGUAUGAUCUGUUAAACUUGAAGAAGAAGCUGCAAGUCCUUGAGGAUGGCAAUCAGCAGGUCCAGGUGGUCGGACUUCAGGAGCAGGAGGUAUGUUGUGUGGAGGACGUGCUGAACCUCGUGGAGCUAGGAAACAGCUGCCGGACUUCGGGACAGACAUCAGUCAAUGCCCACUCUUCCAGGAGCCAUGCGGUGUUCCAGAUCAUCCUAAAGUCAGGAGGGAAACUGCAUGGCAAGUUUUCCCUCGUUGACUUGGCUGGGAACGAGAGGGGAGCGGAUACUGCCAAAGCCAACCGGAAACGGCAGCUGGAAGGGGCGGAGAUUAAUAAAAGUCUCCUGGCACUCAAAGAAUGCAUCCGGGCUUUGGGUCAGAACAAGUCCCAUACCCCGUUCAGAGCCAGCAAACUGACGCAGGUGCUCCGGGACUCCUUCAUAGGCCAGAACUCCUCCACUUGUAUGAUUGCUACUAUCUCUCCAGGGAUGGCCUCUUGUGAAAACACUCUCAACACUUUAAGAUAUGCAAACAGAGUAAAAGAAUUAACUCUGGAUUUAAGGCCCCACCAUCUUUGUUUCUAUCCGGUUGGACCUGAGGUGCCAAGGAUGUUGGAGACUCACGUUAGAAAUUCAAAAACAUCCCUUCAAAGGGAUGGAGUCAUUAAAAUACCUUGUAUCCAGAGUGAGGAGGAAGAACAGGCUAAGCACACUGAAACACUGUCCACUCCAUUAGGGGAGGAUACAAGGACUUCGUGGACGGAAUCAAGACAACCGCCAGGGAACAACAUCCAGGAGACAGCUGGUGGGGUAAACUAUGAUGUUGAUUUUUGCAUUGCCCAGUUAUUGUCCAUUUUGGAUCAGAAAAUAGGUAUUCUGACUGAGAUCCAAAAGAAACUGAAAUUAUUACAAGCUGACCUCCAAAAGAAGACCGAGUGUAGUGGAGUCAAUGGCAAGAGGUGAGAUCUGCAAAGUAAUGGCAAGAGAUAAGAUCUGAAACAAUGGAUACACUGCUGUGGCCCCUACCUCUCUUAUAAAAGAAAAAAUGUCUAAAUUAUCUAGAUAUAAAGAUCCUCCUGGAAAGCUUAAAACAUCUUAAAAUAUGCUUGUCAGAUA